AUGUUUUCGAAAGGUUUUUUAGCCUCGCUUUUGCUACUUUCUCAUCUGUAUCCGUUUUUUGCUAUGGAAAACUUGGGCAAAGGCGCAGCGGAUUACAGGAAACUGGACAAAGCGGCAGGGGAAUCUACCAAAAAGAAAGGUUCCUGGUUAGGCAGGAGGUUCAAAUCGAAGGCCGGGCCAUCGAGUUCCGCACCUGCAGAGGAUACGCAAGAUGAAGUAAUAGAAUAUGACCGAUAUAGACCGAUACCUGAAGCAGAGGAUACGCAAGACAAAUUACUAAUAGCAGAAGAUGACCAAUAUACAGGACCGAUGGCGAACCAUCUUUUUGACAAGGAACUUGAACACCCCGCUGCUACCACUGCUUUGAAGAAUUUUUUUGGUGGUUUCUUCCCACUAUAUUCCGAAAACGAGGAAGCGGCUUUUCGUGAAAGAUACGUUACUAGGGAACCACCUCUGCAGAAUCUACUCAAUUCUUACCAUUCCGAAGCCGCACAACACAAGUCACGUGGACCACAGCCAUUGAGCACGAACAUGAUAGAAGCACUCGAAGGCGCCCUGUAUGCAAUUUUUCAACUUCAACAACCUUACUUUAAGCCCGCAGUACAGAUGGCAUAUUACGGACAGGCGUUUUGCGUGAUCACUAGAGAGCCAAGUCUGCUCAGUGAGCUUAUCCAGUCGUACAUCAUAAAAAGUAUGAACGUGCAAUCACCCAAUAUGUCGGGUCGGCUCAAGUUCCUCUAUAAGGCAAUGCUGGAAAUGAAAGAGUGGUCAUCCUCGCUCGAGAAUCCAACGAAACAGGCAAGCAUGGUGAAACGGAUCUAUGACCGUAUGCGGACUCGAUUGUUUCUCCAAGGUGAAAGCAUAGGACUUGGUGACAAUGGGGAGCGUUACCUUAACAGAUACUUCUAUGGAGAAAAGCCACUUGCGGAUAUGUGGGAAGAGCACUUGAAAGACUUCAAACGUGGUAAAUUGGGAUCAAACAUGAAAGAAAAAAUCAAAAGUGCCCUCAACGCAUUCUUUGAAAUCCAAGAUACUGAUGCAGAAGGCCAAUUGAAGAUUGCAUACUACACAAGAAGGUUUUUUGGCAUCACUGCUGUUUCCGGGCGUCCCGCAACUGAUCGGCGUAGUCAAAAAAUCAUUUUGCAUAUCAAAUCGCGGAUGCAAUUGAUGGAAAGCCACGGCCAAAUGAACUCCAGUCAUCAGAAGAUGUGGGAUGUGCUGCUGCUAAUGUGGACGUAG